AUGGUCAAAGUCGACCAGAAAGCCGUGCUCAUCGUCAUUGACGGCUGGGGCAUCCCCACUGAGAACUCGCCCAAAGAUGGCGAUGCCAUUGCCGCGGCCGAGACACCAUGGAUGGACGGGUUCGCCGAGGAAGGCUCAGAGAUGGCCCAGGGCUAUACAGAGCUUGAGGCUUCGUCACUCGCCGUCGGCUUACCAGAGGGCCUCAUGGGUAACAGUGAGGUCGGCCACUUGAACAUCGGCGCCGGACGUGUUGUAUGGCAGGAUGUUGUCAGGAUAGACUUGACCAUCAAGAAAGGCGAAAUGAACAAGAUUGAGAACAUCACCAAGUCAUUUCAGCGAGCGAUCGAUACGAACGGCCGGCUGCACCUUUGCGGCUUGGUAUCUGACGGAGGCGUGCAUUCACACAUCAACCACCUGAUCGCGCUCCUAAAAGUCGCCAAAGAGAUGGGCGUGCCGAAGGUCUUCAUCCACUUCUUUGGCGAUGGCCGAGACACUGAUCCCAAGUCCGGCGCAGGCCACCUGGAAACACUGAUCGCCCAAACAAAGGAGAUCGGGGUUGGCGACAUUGCUACGGUGGUCGGCAGAUACUUCAUCAUGGACCGCGACAAGCGCUGGGACAGGGUCGAGAUUGGCAUGAGGGGACUUGUCUUGGGUGAGGGCGAAGAGGCCGACGACCCAGUCGUCAAGGUCAAGGAGCGAUACGAAAAGGGCGAGACAGACGAGUUCCUGAAGCCGAUCAUUGUUGGCGGAAAGGAGCGCCGAAUCCAAGACGACGACACCGUCUUCUUCUUCAACUACCGCUCAGAUCGGGUCCGCGAGGUUACUCAGCUCCUGGGCGACUUUGACCGAUCUCCAAAGCCGGACUUCCCGUAUCCGAAGAACGUACAGCUCACGACCAUGACACAGUACAACACCAAAUACACCUUCCCGGUUGCGUUUCCACCGCAGCGCAUGGGCAACGUUCUUGCCGAGUGGCUAGGAAAGCAGGGGGUCAAGCAAUGCCACGUCGCCGAGACGGAGAAGUACGCCCACGUCACUUUCUUCUUCAACGGCGGCGUUGAGAAGCAGUUCGAGAACGAGGAGCGCGACAUGAUUCCCUCCCCAAAGGUGCCGACAUACGACCUGGAGCCUGAGAUGAGCGCCAUGGGCGUCGCAGACAAGCUGUGCGAGAGGAUCAAGGAAGGGAAGUUCGAGUUCCUGAUGAACAACUUUGCACCGCCGGACAUGGUAGGGCACACGGGCGUGUACGAAGCGGCGAUCAAGGGCGUGGCCGAGACGGACAAGGCUAUAGGGAAGGUGUACGAGCAGUGCAAAGAGAGUGGAUACGUGCUGUUCAUCACGGCCGACCAUGGCAACGCUGAGGAGAUGCUCAACGAAGAGGGCCAGCCGAAAACGUCGCACACGACGAACAAGGUCCCAUUCGUGAUGGUCAAUGCACCGAAAGGAUGGAGCUUGAAGAAGCAGGACGGGGUGUUGGGUGACGUUGCUCCCACGCUGCUCGAAAUCAUGGGCCUUGAGCAGCCAGAGGAGAUGACCGGUCACAGCUUGCUGGUGAAAGCGUGA